CUAAUUCAUGUUCUGGGGCUAACAACAACUCUACUCUAGCUCUUAUCUCCUACAAAUCGGGUUAUUUAUAUAUACCCUCGCUAGGUUGUUCAAUUCCCAUGCAAACAAAAAACGAAGCUGAGAGCAACCAAUAUCACCUUACCUUACUAUGGCUUCCAUUUUUACUCUGCUCUUAAGCUCAGUUCUCAUAUUUUCAGUAUCAUUACAAGGAAAUGCACUAAGCUUGAAUUACUAUGAGAAAACAUGUCCUGACCUUGAUUUGAUAGUCACAGAUGCUGUCAAGAGCGCGGCGACGAGAGACAAAACAGUUCCUGCAGCUCUCCUUAGAAUGCAUUUCCAUGACUGUUUCAUAAGGGGCUGUGAUGCUUCUGUGCUGUUAAAUUCAAAAGGGAGCAACAAGGCAGAGAAAGAUGGGCCACCUAAUGUUUCUUUGCAUGCCUUUUAUGUCAUUGACAAUGCUAAGAAAGUAGUGGAAGCUCAAUGCCCUGGAGUGGUGUCUUGUGCUGAUAUUUUGGCUCUAGCUGCAAGGGAUGCAGUUGCAAUUUCUGGUGGACCAACAUGGGAUGUGCCAAAAGGAAGAAAGGAUGGAAGAAUAUCCAAGGCAAGUGAAACAAUACAAUUACCUGCUCCAACUUUCAACAUCUCUCAGCUGCAACAAAGCUUUUCUCAAAGAGGUCUAUCCAUGGAUGAUCUCGUAGCUCUUUCAGGUGGGCAUACUUUAGGCUUUUCCCACUGUUCAUCCUUCCAAAACAGAAUCCACAAUUUCAGUGCCACACAUGACAUAGACCCUACUAUAAAUCCAACAUUUGCAGCAAGCUUAAGGAGCAUCUGCCCUAAAAACAACAAGGCAAAGAAUGCUGGUGCCACCAUGGACCCAUCCUCAACAACUUUUGAUAACACAUAUUUCAAGUUGAUCCUACAAGGAAAAGCCCUGUUCUCUUCAGACCAAGCUUUGCUCACAACUACAGGGACUAAAAAUUUGGUUUCCAAAUUUGCCACCUCAAAAGAAAUUUUUGCACAGGCAUUUGUGAAAUCCAUGAUCAAAAUGAGUAGCAUCACAGGAGGCCAGGAGAUCAGGAAGGACUGUAGGGUAGUAAAUUAAAAAUCUCUUAGCCUGGUUCUAGACAAUUCUAAACUAUUGAGAGAUGGAUGAUCAAUCAGAUAUAUUUACUUUCUUCCAUUAAGAAACCUGUAUCACAAAUAGCAACUAUAAACAGGUAUUUUUGUAUUAGAUUGUAAUAAAAUUGAAGCGUAUCAAACUUUCUCCAA